AUGGCCCUGUGGAUGCGCCUGCUGCCCCUGCUGGCUCUGCUGGCCCUCUGGGCGCCUGCUCCGACCCAGGCCUUUGUGAACCAGCACCUGUGUGGCUCCCACCUGGUGGAGGCUCUGUACCUGGUAUGCGGGGAACGUGGCUUCUUCUACACACCCAAGGCUCGCCGGGAGGCUGAGGACCCGCAGGUGGGCGAGGUGGAGCUGGGCGGCCUGCAACCCCUGGCCCUGGAGGGGCCCCUGCAUAAGCGUGGCAUCGUGGAGCAGUGCUGCACCAGCAUCUGCUCUCUCUACCAGCUGGAGAACUACUGCAACUAG